UCCCUUUUCCUUCUCUCUCUCUCUCUAACUUAGUCCCUAAGCAAAGCGCAAGUACGUACAUUUGAUCUACCGCCGCCGUCGUCGUCGUCGAUUAUGGAUCGGAAACCCAAUCAAACGGCGGCCGGAGCCUCCUUGUUUUCUGCCGGAGCGAUGAAACGCAGCGAAUCACAGUUAGUUUUAGACGAACUUUACCAUAGUAGAGAUGGUAUUGAUAAGUUCCAAAGAGCCAGAGUUUUCUCCGACGGCCACGCUCUUAUCGGUAUCAUCGAUGAAUCCUCCGAUCCUUUUCUCGACGUCUGCUCCGGCGAUCUCCCUUUUCACUUUGGAAAAUCGGAGACAAUGCAAUACUCUACAUGGGUCAAUGAUUUCACCACCAAUAGUUCAUCCGUCUCACCAGCGGUCGAUUCACCUUUGUCCGUAUGUGUGAGUAGCCUAAAUUCUAACUCUGCUAAACCUAAAGGAUGGGGAGGAAACAAAGCAACAACGGCUACUAGUGGUUCCUCGAGGGAACAAUCCGAAGAAGACGAGGCUGAGCCCGAGGGUAAUUGGCAGUGUGAAGAGAGUGCCGAUCCCGCUAAUGUUAGACGCAACAAAAGGAAGAUGUCGAAUCGGGAUUCUGCUAGGCGAUCGAGACAGAGAAAGCAAGCGCACCUGGCCGAACUCGAGCAACAGGUUGAACAAAUUCGUGGAGAAAAUGCGACUCUGUUUAAGCAACUCACAGACGCUAAUCAUCAAUACAAAGAUGCCACCACGAAUAACCGUGUUCUUAAAUCAGACGUGGAGGCACUGAGAGCAAAUGUGGAGCUGGCACGGGACAAGGUUGCUAGAUUCUUGGGAACAACUAGCUUGAGUCAUCUCCUAAAGAAUCACUUGAACAUUGUUGACGAGCCAUUCUACAUUCCCUACACAUGUCCUAUGGGGAACAUUACCAACAACCAUCGAGACCACGACGAUUCGCCUCUAGGAGUCCCCACCCAAAGCUCGUCCAUGGGACUCGAUAACAUUGAAAACUUCCAUGGGAAUUUCAACAACAAUAAUAGCAUGAUGAGUAGUACUGGUGUCAGCUCUAUAUCCGAGACUUGGCCAUGGGAAGCUCGCCUCCCCGCAUCGUCUGAUUAGCUAGCUAGUCGCCCCUUUGGAGUUCAAUUUCAGAGCGAUGCCGGUCGUUAGUACUUAAUGUCCUGGUUUGUAGCGGUUAAGUAUAUGUUGCUAUUUGGUAGUGUCUAUAAACACUACUUUUGGUUACACAACCUAUAUAUGUUGCUAUUUGUUUAAGGGUUUUAUUUAAGUACUUUUAAAAUAUAUGCUAAUCUUUGUGGUUGUUUAAUAAUUAAUCCAGGAUAUUAUUAUUUUGACAA